AUGAGACGUGUGUCGGAAUGCUCAGUGUGGUUGAGAAACCAGGAGAUGGCGGGCCAAAAUAAAAAGUUAGCAGACACGCAGCUGCCUGCCAGUGAGUCACAGACGAUGAAACCAAAGACUCGUGUUAUUGUCCUGGGCCGAGGAAAUAGUUUCAAUCUGGGUGGGUCUGAAGUGAUACUCCUGAAUCAAAAGAGAGGCAGGGCUAACACAAGAUUUGCUGGUGUUCAUGAAGGUUCUGCUGACUGUCUCUGCGUGGGUUCCAAUGAUAAAUCUGAAAGUGAAGAUGUCCCCAGUCUUGUUAAGGAAGACACUGUAGAGUCUAGUCUCAUGGUUCCAGUUUGUGAUGGUAGAGCUACAGAGAGUGCAGAAGCUGAUGUUGUUGUUGAUGAAGUGGACACAGCUUGGAGGAAAGCAGAAAUGAUCAUGGCAGCAAAGAAUGAGACAGUACUGAAGGUUCUUGAGCAGUUUGGGAUAGGGAGGACUUGGGGAUUGACAGAAGCUGGAGCAGACAAACUGGCAGAGGAAGAAUGUAUCUGGCACACAGUGGAGGUCAGUGCAAACAGAACUGUAUCAAAGAGAACAGUAACAGAAAGAGGGAUGGGCCAUGUUCGGCAUUCAAAUAUCAACCAAAAUAAUCUUAAAUGA